GACGAAUCAAUUGCCAUUGCCAUUGUCAUCCAAAGCUCUGAAAUAAUAGUGGUGGUGUUGCAGAACUUCUUCAAUGGCUGGAGUUACUACCACCAGCUGCACCAUUCCCCCUUUCAAACAACCACUCCCUCUCUCUCACUCCCUCUCUAAACCCCACCCCCACCCCCGCCUCCACUUCCCCACUUCCGCCACCACCCGCGGCUGCCACAUCACCUGCCGCUACGGCGGCGGCGGCGGUGGUAAUUAUUCACGGCAGGGAGACACUAGGCGCCCUAAGCAAAGCUCCGAUGACGAUCCAGCCCUAGAUAUUUCCAGUAUCAGGUCAAGUACUGUGAGGCUUAUUGAUGAGGAACAAAACAUGGUUGGUGUAGUGUCAAAAAGUGCUGCUAUUCAGAUGGCUGAAGAUGCUGAGCUUGACCUGGUUAUAUUGUCUCCAGAGGCAGAUCCUCCUGUUGUCAAGUUGAUGGACUACAACAAAUAUAAAUAUGAGCAACAAAAGAAGAAAAGAGAUCAGCAGAAGAAAAGUUCUGCUUCUCGUGUGGAUCUAAAGGAGCUUAAAAUGGGUUACAACAUCGAUGUGCAUGAUUAUACCGUCCGUUUGAAAGCUGCUCAGAAGUUUCUAAAAGACGGUGACAAGGUUAAACUAAUAGUAAGCUUAAAGGGACGUGAAAACGAGUUCAAAAAUAAUGCCAUUGAGCUUAUUCGACGUUUCCGAGAUGACGUAGGGGAGUUAGCCGUUGAGGAGAGCAAAAACUUCAGGGACAGGAACAUGACAUUGGUAUUGGUUCCAAACAAAGCUGUUAUACAAAAGGAUGCACCAAAGAAGAAAGAAAAGACAACAGGAACAGAGACCCAAGUAUCCGCAAGCGUAUGAGCUACCUUUAAUCUUAUUUAUUCCUCAAAAUUUUAACAGAUUUUCAAAGUCAUGUAUAGUUCUGAUGCCCUAAAUCUGUCUUUGUAGCAAUAGUAUAAUUCUUGUUUAUUUCAGCGUUUUCACUUGGUAAUCAUAACACGCCCAUUGGGUCA